UACGCACAGCGGCAAGCAGGCGGGUCACGUCACGAGUUCACGACUCGCGAGUCGAAAGCAUUCCCGACGCGGCGCACCGACGCCGUGGAUCACAUCGUUUCGCAGAUCUCGACCGCCAGGCGUUAACUCACCUCCAGGUGGGCCCACCUGUUGACGCCAUCUCCUUUUAAACCAUCGGGCGCACAAAGCGAGCCCAACGAGCGGCCGCGCAACCGUAGGGCGGAGGCGGAGUGGCCAGCGGAGCGGCCCGCGUGCGGCGAGGAUCGUCUCGAGACGCCGUCUUACAGUUCAUAAGAGCCUUUUGGGAAGGUCCUCAAUAUGGAUCUAUCACAUUCGCUAACUUCAUCCAGUGACAAUGAAACCAGGGCACUCAAUACAUUGCUUGAUGUGUUCGGCUGUGCUUUUUCACUUGAUGAUAUAGCUGAUGCAUAUGUCAAAUCAAUGGGUGAUGUCAACAAAGCUGGAGAUAUCUUAACUAACCUUCAACUUUCUUUGCCUCAUAACAAUGAUUUCGAGCCAAGUGUCAAGACUAACCUUUCCCAGACUGAUAAGGCGGUUGAAGAAAACUAUAUGAAGAAUUCAAGCCAACCAAGAACUCUUUCCCAGAUUGAGCAGGCAGUUGAAGCAAAGCAUAUGGAGAAUUUAGCUCAAACAAGAAUGCCUGAAAAGUUGCAAAAGUCUAGUGCUGCAUUUGGUACUGUCUCCAGCAUGUUAGGAAAAGAAUCUUCCAGGGCUACAACAGCAGUGAAUGGAGCAUCAAAAAAAGACAAACCUCUAAAGGUUGAACUGCCAGAGUACAUGCGUGAUGAUUUUAAGGUGAAAGCUGAUGAUUCCAAUUCUGCCCCACGGAGAGAGACUUUGAAUAACAGUGAUGUUGAGGAGUUUCUGUUUUGCAUGCUGGGUGAAGGAUUUAAGCUUAGUAUGGAAGUAAUCCGUGACGUUCUAGGUAGCUGUGGAUAUGACAUUAAGAAGAGCAUGGAGGAAUUGAUUUCAUCUUCUGAAAAGCAUCUAGACAAAAAGGUAGAAAACAAACAUAAUGCGAUACAAGAUGUAGCAGUCGAAUGCUCUGUUUCCAAGAGAAGCACCCAAUCUUCGCAAGAGGGGAUGCAGAGGUCAAAACCACAGAUUUCUCCAGGAGAGUUGAUAGAAGCUAUCUUCACUGUACCUGGAAGAUUGGAGGAGGAGCCAAAACUAAAAAGAAAUGAACUGGGCACAAAUCGAAGAAGAGUCUCAUAUCAGAAACCAAUAUCGAAACCUCUUGAGGACCUUUCAACAUAUUCUACUGAUUUUCCCAUGAAAGUUAUCGUAGGUAGCAAAGAACCAGCUGUGAAUGAGGAGGAUUACCAGAACUACCGCAGGGCUGCAAAGCAGCACUGGGAUAUGAUGAAGCAGUACUAUGAGAAGGCUGCUGAUGCUUUUAGGGAGGGCAACCAGAAAGAAGUCGAUUAUCUUAUACAGGAAGGCAAGCGCUGUUAUCAAAUGGCUCGACUGGCUGAUGAGAAAUCUGCUGGGGAGAUUAUCAUGUCCAAGAAAAUAGAGUCCAGAAAUGAAUUUUGUCUUGAUUUGCGCACACAAGAUCCAGCAAACGUAUCUAAUCUCUUGAGACUUCAUCUUAAACAGUUGGCAAACAUUCCAUCUUUUGAUUACCUAAAAGUUAUUAUUGGUGUUGAUGACGGCAGUUUCAAGAUGGGACAAAGAAGAAGAAAGGUGAUGAAGUAUCUGGAGAAGAAUUCGAUUCAGUGGACCGAAGAAGAGCCCCACUCUGGGAACAUCCUCGUCGGGAUUAAUCAGUUGGCAAACUAAAGUGGCGUGACACAAAACUGACAGAAGACGAUCAUAGCUUGCUGUACAUAUUCGGGUGCCGUGCUGAAUAGGUGUUAUCUGUUCUUUUGGCGAACGAGCCAUGUAAGCUGCAAUGAUGGCAUUCUUUUUGUGCACAAAUAGCAGACGUUUCAAGUUAAUUGAUACAGUACAUCUCUAGCGACUAGAGAUGAAGAGGGAACACAGGUGAUGAUCUGGCGGAAAUAGUAGCGUAACAGUUAGAUACUGAAACGCUGGUCUGACGCUCUGCAUUACCAGUAGCUUCUGUGUUACUAGUGCGCAUGAACAAGUUGUUGUUUGGAAAGUGGAAACCAUUUCGCCCUGUUCU